AUGUUUGCCCCACUCGAUAUCAGUAGUCUGGCGGAUGAAAACCUCUAUGUCCCCCCUGGGUUCCUUGUCACUGAUGAGAAGGCGUAUAAAGCUCUGCGCUCAAUCAAAUCAAACAAGUCCCCUGGCCCAGAUCAAGUGCCGUCGCGAGUUUGGAAAGAGUUUGCAUUUGAACUAGCUCCGAUUGUGAGUGAUUUGUACAACAGCUCUCUCAGAGAAGGGCGUGUUCCAGAGAUCUUGAAGACAUCCCUGGUCAUUCCUACACCCAAGGUCACCCCACCCAAGACAGUUGAGGAUGAUCUCAGACCAAUUACUCUUACGUCACCGUUGGCCAAAAUUCUAGAGGGCUUCACUCUCGAACACCUGAUGAAUCAAGUUGCAGAGAACCUGGACAUUAAGCAGUUUUCGAUGCCAGGCAGAUCAACAACACAUGCCUUAGUUUAUAUGCUCCAUAUUAUACUAGCUGCCUUAGACAAAGGAGUUAUGUAUGGCCCACUAUAUUAUCGAUGCCUUGAGAGUGAUAAAUCUAAGGCGCUAAAAUCCAACCGAGGUAACUUUGAUGCGUACAUGACAUUGUCACGAAGUUCAACCGCAGAGCUUGAAUGGUGGGAAAAAAAUAAUGUCCUUGACAACAAAAAUGUCAUAUCCCACGGGGCCCCGUCGCAUACCCUCACGACCGAUGCGUCGAAUCUAGGCUGGGGCGCGGUAUUUGAGAAUGAUAGCACAGGGGGUACCUGGUCCGUAAAGGAUCAAAAACACCAUAUUAACAAUCUCGAGCUGUUAGCGGUAUUUUUAGGGUUAAAGACAUACUGUAAGGAUCUUCGUGAUGCGCACGUUAGAGCUAUGAUUGAUAACACAACGGCCAUCGCAGUUCUAAACUACAUGGGAACGAGCCACUCUCCAGAACUUAACCUACUGGGGAAGACUAUUUGGGAGUGGUGUAUAACUAGAGGCAUAUGGCUUAGCUCAGCCCAUAUCCCCGGGAUCGCUAACUGCCUCGCAGACCGGGAAUCUAGAACCAAAAUACGACAAACAGAGUGGAUGCUCAAUACAGAUCUAGUGUCAUUUGCACUUUCUGAGCUGGAAUUCAGCCCUAGCAUUGAUCUAUUUGCCAGUAGGCUUAAUAAACAAUUCACUCGUUAUGUGUCGUUCAAACCCGACCCGGGAGCGUUAGCAGUAGACACGUUUACACUGACGCUAUCAUCAUUGAAUGCAGAAAGUCCAACAGGACCACGCAACGGGAAUCUGUGUCGUCCCCGUCUGGCCGACACAGGCUUGGUACCCGAAAGUCAAGACCAUGUGUCUCAAGCAACCGAUCACCCUCGGCCUACAGAGGAACAUGCUGUCAUUGCCGGGUCACCCUCACGAGAUACACCCGCUGCACAAGUCCCUUCGCCUGCUGGUCUGCCUCUUAUCCGGCAAACCCUAGAAGGUAACGAUCUAGGAAAGGAGACUAUCGAUAUUAUUAUGGCGUCCUGGAGGACGGGCACGUGUAAACAAUACAAUGUGUAUUUACAGCGUUGGUUGGCAUUUUGCAAAGAUAACGCAAUCUCAUUGGAACGCGCAACAGUGCAAGAUGGGCUAACUUUCCUCACACGGCUAUACCAUGAGGGUCUGGGCUAUAGUGCUAUUAACACAGCCCGGUCCGCAUUAUCUACAGUCAUAACCACUAGCAACGGCACCUUCGGUGAACACCCCCUAGUGACACGUUUCCUGAAAGUUAAACUUGACACUCAAUACGUGCAAAUCAUGGAUAAAAAGAUCGUGUUCACAAUUAGGGAGACUCUAAAAACUUCAAGACCAGGAAAGCACAUACAACCAAUAGAGCUUCACGCUUAUGAGGCCGAUAAUAGAUUAUGCCCUGUUACACUUAUAAAUAGCUACGUUCAGCGUACGCAAACAUUACGAGGUCAACACACGGCCCUACUGAUUAGUCACGCAAAGCCGCACAACCCUGUCACGAAUGCCACUGUCGCCAGAUGGGUUAAAUCUACACUACAAGACAGUGGGAUUGACACGAACGUAUUUUCUGCGCACAGUAGCAGAACUGCAGCCGCAUCUUGUAGCGCUAGUGCAGGGUUACCCUUGCAAGAUAUUCUGAAAGCAGGGGCCUGGUCAACAGAAUUGACAUUCGCUAGAUUUUACAAUAAGCCUGUUGAACCCCUUAACAUUGGGAACGAACUUCUACAACAGUUUAAUAUGAACAAUUAA